AUGGAAAAUUCUAAGACUUACGACUCUUUUCAACAUGAACUUCAGGAUUAUAUUAGAAAGCAAAGAGCCAGAGGAUUACAACCAGAGGUUUGCUUUAGAAAGGGGACAGAAGACUCUGUGUCCAGAGAAAAGGACCACACUGCACCCAGACCUCCAAUGCUGGAGCGGAGAGUCCCCUUCAGGAGGCCCCAUAAGUCCCCCCGUUCCUACAAAAGGCCGAAAACAGUGGAACGCCGCUUACCCACCCUGUCCAAUAGUCAUCACUUCCGGCAAAGACUGGAACCUGUAAAUCACUGUCAGAAAAAACACGACCAUUUCUUCAAUAUCCGGUGGUUUCCAAGCCCACCUGUGCGAGGAAUGACCAUUGGCCCACACACAGCACAACACAGAGAAGAGGCCAGCUGCUUCUCAGAGGACCACACCGGCGUCCAUCAGGCAGGAGAUCAAGACGGAGGCUGGACGGGAAGGUCCAGGGAGAAGGGAGGAGGACAUGGCAAUGAGGAGCAGGUAUCGUGGAAGAGGAAGCACCACAGGGAUGAAGAGGAGACCCACAAGGAGGACAGGAGGAAGGCCAGAGUGGUGCCAGGAAGCACAGAGAAGUCCAAGUACAGAAAGAAGAGCACCCAUGAUUGGGACCCCAUGAAGGAGGGAAGAAGGUCCAGUAGAGAGAAGAAGCAUCCUGGCAAACGUAGCACCCACGAGUGGGACUUGUGGGAUGAAGCUGUCCUCGGUGGUUGUUACUGA